AUAAGAUAAACAAAACUCUACCUUUGGCGCCAAAGCAGUGUGCAACUCACAACAGAAACACCUUUUAAAUUCUUGUGCAAGAGAAAUACUGUUAAAAUUAGUGCAAAAAUCGGCUUAUCGCCUGAUCGGAUUGCCAUUGGGUCUGUGUAACGAAGCACAAUGGAAUUCUCUCGUCGAAGCCGGCUACGACCGGAAGCUAAAUUCGGCUUGGAUUCAAUGCUGGAAUGGCUGAUUCCACACAACGUAGCUUUGUACGCGAUCCCGCCGAUGGUCGAUCUGUCCAUUACGGAGCUGCAAUUGUUGGCCCUGGAACGGUUGAAGGUGCUCCGCAUUCUGGAGCAGGCCACCAACAAGAACCUGAAGCUGUCGUCGGACGAGGGACGCGAAAGCGUAUUCAAUGAGAUGAACCAUGCCGGCUUGAAGCACUAUGUGAGAUUGUGUCAGGGUAACCAUUCCAAGGAACAGGACAUUGCCGCUAGGAAGAAGGAUUAUCUGUCGCAUUUCAUUCUGCGAUUCGCUUACUGCAGUACGGAGGAAUUGAGAAGAUGGUUCAUCACCCGAGAAAUGGAGCUCUUCCGUCUGAAGUUCGCCGGGCUUUCCGCGCAAGAUGUGAAGGAUUUCGUUCUGAAGUACGAAAUGGGUUACUCCCCGCUGACUCCAGACCAAAAGAACGAAAUAAAGGAUGGACUGUACGACAGCACCCUCUACCACAGCAUUGUUCAAAUCGAAUCGAUGGAUUUCUACAAGGUGCGUUUCACGGAGGUUCUGGACCUGGUUCGAAGUCGAAAAUGUUAUCUGAGGACAGGCUUUGCCUACGUUGGAGCCAGCGAUUUCGUAUCGAUUAUCGCCAAUAAGCACCAGCAGCUUUUGGAGGACGGCUUACAGGCUCACUUGCGACUGCUGCCUGAAAUCGAAAACGACGAAAGGUUCACGAUGAUACUCAAAGAACUGCACACGUCUUAUACGGGUAAGGACUAUAGGGUGUCCAAAUCGGGACAGGUCCCCAUCGAAAGCUUAGAUCAGUUGUCGAAGAAAUCCUUCCCGUUAUGUAUGCGCUACUGCCAUGAUACCCUUCGUUCAAAGCACCAUCUGAAACACGGAGGUCGUAUGCAAUAUGGUCUGUUUCUGAAAGCGAUCGGGGUAACGAUGGAAGACUCGUUGCGCUUCUGGCGGGAGGAAUUCACUAGAGGCACCGUUACGCUGGAGAAGUUCGAAAAAGAGUACGCCUACAACAUUAGACAUAACUACGGAAAGGAAGGUUCACGUGUGAAUUACGCGGCCUAUAACUGUAUGAAGAUCAUAACGGCGAGCGUAACGCCUCAGGAUACCCACGGAUGCCCGUUCAAAAACUGGGAACCAUCCGUACUGAAAACGAAGUUAAGCUCAUUUGGUUUGAGUGCCGCCCACGCCGAAGAAAUCUCCGGCUUUGCCAGUCGAGGUCACUAUCAGAUUGCCUGUGGGAAAUACUUUGAGAUUUCCCACGACACCAAACUGGACGAAGGCAUCACCCAUCCCAAUCAGUACUUCGAUCUAAGUCAGAUAACGGUGGGAGCAAGGGCGCCAAAGGUCAAGCCUCAGAACCAGAACCGACGCACUUUCAGUAGUCAGGAUACAUCGCACGUGGUUCGCAACACGCAGGACACGGCCACGUUGAAUGGCGAUGACGAUAACGAGCUGUGGGAGCUGAUGGAGAGCAACGAAAAGGAAGGGGGAGUCAAGCACGAGAGUAUCCUGUUGGAGCUGCCGGCCAGUACACAAGGGAAACCCGCAUCGCGGCCGGCGGUGCCAACGUCCGAAUGGGGAGAUGACGAGGAUUUCGAUGUUUCUCAGGUGGAAAUGGCUUAGCAAACGAGGUAGGUAAGAAUAGUUAUUUCCUGUAAGCUUUUGAGAAAAAAAAACUUGGCAAAAUAUGUAUAAUUCAACUUUAAA